AUAAAUAAUCCUGAUUGCACUCGGAGUGGCUAGGUAUUGUGAGUAGGCUUCUGUUCCCCCUCUCGUUUACUUUCUGUGUUUCGAUGUGUCUUUUAAAGUAUUUGAGCAUUCUGCUUAUGCUGCUUUCGCCACUGAUCUCGGAGGCAGCUGGGCCGAUCCGUUGCUUGCCCUGCACCGAAGAAAGGAUGGCGCACUGCCCACCCGUGGAUAAUACGUGCACAGAAGAGAUGGUGAGAGAGCCAGGUUGUGGCUGCUGCCAGAUAUGUGCACUGUCUCGUGGCCAGCCUUGUGGGGUAUACACGGCACGCUGUGCGACAGGGCUCCGAUGUUACCCUCAGCUCAUGGAAACCAAACCUUUGGAGACCCUCAUGCAAGGACGUGGCAUUUGCAUGGAUACUGCUGAAGUGGAAAGGAUUCAAGCAAUACAAGCAGAGACACAAACCACUGAGGUCGAAAUUGAGAGUCCCAGCCCAGAUGGAACAGAAGGCACCCAAGCAGGCACCAACUACAGGUUUAUACCUGCUCCUGGACACAGCAUCCCAGACAGACGGAAUUCAGCUGAUGCACAGAUAGGGAUGAGGGCCCGGAUAAACUACAAACAAAAGCAGAGAGAGCAACUAGGGCCAUGUCAGGAGGAAAUGCAGCGAGCAAUUGACAGGAUUAUCCUGGCACAACAGCGUACUAAUGAGGACCUUUACAGAUUUCACAUUCCCAACUGCGAUAAGAGAGGAUUCUACAACCUCAAGCAGUGUGAGUCGUCAUUGGAUGGGGAACGUGGAAGAUGUUGGUGUGUUCACCGCUGGAAUGGAAAGAGGAUCCCAGGGUCUCCAGAAGUGAGAGGUGAUCCCCAGUGUCACAGGCACGACGUACAUGUUCCGGCUUCGACAGAACCAAAUAAUUGAAGUAUUUUAAGAAACUUAUGAGAUGUUAACAUCUUUGCUUUUUUCUCCCCCCACACAUUACCCCACAGCAUUUGAAGAUGAUAUCUGGAAGGUUACAGUUAUCUUUCAUAAAUAUAAGCUAUUUAUUUCCUGCUUUUUUUUAGUUUUGAGAUUGCAUUUUAAGGAAAUCAAACAAUUAAGAUGACAUGUAUGUGAAUUGCCAAGUGAAAUUAUCUACUGUUGCUAGUUGCAUAUGUAGUUCACUAAGUAGCAUGUAUGAAGAUUUUCCUGUGAAUAAUGCCUGACUAAAUUUCUGUCAGAAAAGCAAUAUUCAGCAGUCACUGCAAGUCAGUAGGUAUGAAUAUAUAACACUUAGUUAUUGUGAUAAUGAAAGGAAAAUAAGAAUGUUUGAGACCGAUGUCGCAAAUGCAAUUGCAGUCAUUAUUAGCUAGCCAUUGACUCCUCUUCACACUUCCAGUUGUCACUUCAGAUGUUAAUAUUAUAAUUAAACAAAAACAUGAAAGUGUCCGUAUUUUCAAAUGCAAUUGAACAAAGAACAAUACAGCCUAGGAACAAACCCUACAGAUGACCGUGUCACGCUGAAUUAAUUACUCUAAUGAUACCUGAUUUAAUUAAUCCAUUUUGCCUGCCCUUGGUCCACACGUCUCCAUUCUUUGCACAUUCCUGUGCCUAUUGAACAGACUCUUAAGUCUCUAUUGAUUCAGCCACCACCUCCAGCCCUGGCAGGUAUCCACCACUCUGUGUAAAAAAAAAGCGCUUGACUCGCACAUCUUUGAACUUUCCCUUUCUCACCCUAAUUACAUGCUUCUAGUAUUAGAUAUUUCAACCCUGGGAUGAAGCUACCAGCUAUCUCUUCUACCUCUCAUAAUCUUCUUUCAGGUUGUCCUGCAGCUCCAAAUGAAAUAUAUCCUCUACUUCCAUUAGCAUCCUGGUAAACCUCUUCUGCACCCUUUCCUAAGCCUAUAAUGGAGUGACAGAAUUUAAUGCAAUACUCCAGAUGCACCCUAACCGUAACACCACCUAACCAUGUGUCAACUGCAAACUUACCAACCCACCCCUCCACAUUUUCAUCCAAGUGAUUUAUGUAUAUAUCACAGAUAGCAGAGGUCCCCUUUUGGAUCCCUGUGGAAGACUGGUCAUGGACCUCCAGACAGAAAAUCUUGUUGAGUCUUUAUAUCUUCUAUGGACAAGCCAAUUCUGAAUCCAAACAGCCAUGCAUAAUGUUCUGGAUGAACCUACAAUGAGGCACCUUGUUGAAUACCUCAUUAAAGUCCACAUUGACAACAUUUACUGCUUUAGCUAAGGUAUUUUUUUGUUAAAGGUUCAGAUUUCAUUUAUUAUGACAUCUGUACUCUUCCUUUUGCAUAAUCCUCCACACACAAUACAUGGGAUAUGUAGUACUAAGUGAGAAAAAUGAAUUCAUUUGGUGCUGAAAAGUGUUUAAAAUUUAACAUUGACAAAUGCAUUUAAAGUCAAUUGUGAAAGAAGUUCAUCCUUGGUACACAAUUAUACUUGUAUCUCAAAUUUUGAAUAGUGUUAACUCUUUGCACUUAGUGCCCUAAACAAGAAGCAAAGCCUUAAGCUUACUUCUAAUGAGGUAUGAAAGUACAGCAUUUAUUUUUGUAAUGAUCACUAUUGAUUGUAAAACAUUUUACUUCAAUACUCAGACACAUAUUUACUGAUUCAAGUCUGUUCAAGAAAUUCUUUUUGCCACUGCAGUAUGAAUGAAAUAAAAAUUCUGAAUUCUGUAACCUUUAGCAUAAACAUCUGGUUAUAACUUGGAAGUUAUAAAUGAAACAUAAUCUUCUACUUUGCUUUCUUUAUUGCAGUGUUAACGUAACAAAAUUUGUGAAUUAAAAUCAGAAACAAAAAUUUCAAGAUUUCAUAAAUAAUGCUGCCAAUUUAUUUGCUCAAAAUACAUAAUGCCCAUCUGGUGAAAUACCAGUGUAUAUUUUACAGAUAGGUACUUUCAUGACAGUUAUGUCAGAUGUACUGACCUAUAAAGACUGCAGAAUGUAAUGGAGAAAAUUUGAGUUCUUGCACCUGCUGGAUUUCCUGGUGAUGGUGUAUGCUCUGUAACCACUAGAUGGCACUCGCACCUUUGUUCACAUUUUCUCAUAUACUAAUGAUAGAAUUGUUCUCUAAACAUUAUGAUGUCUUUUUAAUGCAUCUCAGUUUUAUUUUAGAAAAUCAUAAGCUAAUUACAGUGCACAAUUAAUGAAUGGAUCAGUGAAUUUAUGAUUUUUGUAAUAUUGUGAUGCAAGUUAAUCUAUUGGCUUGUUGCUGUAGAAAAUACAAUGCUUCAUAUUCAUUCAGUUUAAAUAAUGUUUAUUAAAAAACAUAAUUAUAUUAAAUACA